UGCGUCCCGUCCGCCGCGUCGAGCACACGCUCCACUGCCACAACGUUCAAAUAAAGCGCGUUAAUAGCGCGCGUACAUUCUAAAUCAAGUGCCUUUAAUGUGUGUGUAGUUUUUUUUAUAAUAUAACUGAAUUUAAAACAAAUAAUAAACUGUUUGUAAUAAAAGUGACGUGUGAAUCGUGUAAUGAAUAAAAAAAUAACUUCUGAUUCGGAUUUUAUUGUAUUAUCUUCGGUAAUUAAAAUUAAAUUUUAAUUAUGAAGGCGACGUGCACCGGGGGCGCGCAGGAUGCGGUUCGCGCCGCGCGGUCCUCCGCCCUUCACAAUACCGCCUUACCGCCCGCUACGUAGAAGACCUAGAUUACCCUCAAGUGUCCUUUCAUAAUAUAACGUGUAACAUUUUUGUACGCCGCUUUUAUACCGACCUUUAAGUAUAAGUACGCACAGUUAAGUGUUAAAUGUGUGUGUUAAGUGUGCCGCUAGAGUGAGCCUGUGUAAGUGUGGAUGGUGCGGCCGACAUGGGAAAGUCCUCGGCGAGAACACAUGGCCAAGAGAAUGAACGGAGAAUCAAAGCUAACAAUAGGGAAUACAAUGCCCAGUUCCGUUACGCUAACAACUACAUCAAAACAUCGAAGUAUUCGAUCAUAACGUUCCUGCCGCUGAAUUUGCUGGAGCAGUUUCAGCGGCUAGCCAACUUCUACUUCCUGUGCCUGCUGGUGCUGCAGCUGAUCCCGGCGAUCUCGUCGCUCACACCCAUCACCACCGCUAUCCCGCUUAUCGGCGUGCUCGCGCUGACCGCCGUCAAGGACGCCUACGACGACUUUCAACGUCACCAAAACGAUUCCCAGGUGAAUCACCGGCGCGCGAAGACGCUGCGCAAUGGCAAGCUCGUGGAAGAGAAGUGGGCGUCUGUUCAGGUGGGAGACGUCAUCCGGCUGGAGAACGACCAGUUCGUGGCCGCCGACAUCCUGCUGCUCAGCAGCUCGGAGCCCAAUGGCCUCUGCUACAUUGAGACUGCUGAGUUGGAUGGGGAGACGAAUUUAAAAUGUCGUCAGUGCCUUUUGGAGACGGCCGCGAUGGGCCAGGACGACGCACAACUGGGCGCCUUCGACGGCGAAAUCGUCUGCGAGACACCCAACAAUCUACUUAAUAAGUUUGACGGCACGCUGACUUGGCGCGAGCGAGUGUUCUCCCUGGACAACGACAAGAUCCUCCUGCGGGGCUGCGUGCUGCGCAACACCUCGUGGUGCUACGGCGUGGUCGUGUUCGCCGGCAAGGACACCAAACUCAUGCAGAACUCCGGCAAGACGAAGUUCAAGCGCACCAGCAUAGAUAGGCUACUUAAUUUUCUUAUUAUAGGGAUAGUGUUCUUCCUGCUGUCGAUGUGCGUGUUCUGCACGGUGGCGUGCGGCGUGUGGGAGUGGCUGGUGGGGCGCCACUUUCAAGCAUAUUUGCCUUGGGACUCGCUGGUGCCCGCGGAGCCUGUGCCGGGUACCGUGGUCAUCGCGUUCCUGGUGUUCUUCUCUUACGCCAUCGUGAUGAACACUGUUGUGCCUAUAUCGCUAUACGUUUCCGUCGAAGUAAUAAGAUUUGCACAGAGUUUCCUUAUCAACUGGGACGAGAAGAUGUAUUACGAAAAGACCGGAACGGCCGCCAAGGCGCGGACGACCACGCUCAACGAAGAGCUCGGUCAAAUCCAAUACAUAUUCUCGGACAAAACGGGCACGUUGACACAGAACAUUAUGACGUUCAACAAGUGCUCGAUCGCGGGCGUGUGCUACGGCGACGUGGUCGACGAGCACACGGGCGAGGCCAUCGAGCUUAACGAGCGCGGCGGGUCGCGGCCGGGGCCGGGCUCGGCGUCGCGCGCGCGGCUGCUGGAGCAGGAGUACGAGCAGGGCCGCAGCACGCCCGGCGCGCGUCGCCCCACGGACGCCCACGCCCAAGCCCGUCCGCAUAGCACACAGCCGCUGGACUUCUCGUUCAACCCCGAGCACGAGGCGGACUUCAAGUUCUUCGACGAGUCGCUGCUGCUGGCCGUGCAGCGCGGCGACCAGCACGUGCACGACUUCUUCCGGCUGCUCGCGCUGUGCCACACCGUCAUGCCGGACCAGAAGAACGGCCGGCUCGAGUAUCAGGCGCAAUCACCAGACGAGUCGGCGCUGGUGUCUGCCGCUAGGAAUUUCGGUUUCGUGUUCAGAGAACGCGCGCCUAAUAGUAUUACUAUAGAAGUUAUGGGUAAGACAGAGGUGUAUGAAUUGUUGUGUAUAUUAGAUUUUAAUAAUGUUAGGAAAAGAAUGUCCGUGAUAUUGAGGAAGGAUGGUGAAAUUAGGUUAUAUACAAAAGGUGCUGAUAACGUAAUAUAUGAAAGGUUAAAAGGAAACCAAGACGGAGUGAAGUCGAGGACGCAGGAGCAUUUAAAUAAAUUCGCGGGCGAGGGUCUACGCACGCUGGCGUUAGCGUGGCGGCCGCUAGACGAGCGCGGCUUCGCGGAGUGGAAGCGACGGCACCACACAGCGGCGCUCGCUUUACACGACCGAGACGAGCAGCUCGACGCCAUCUACGAGGAGAUCGAGACCGACCUGCUACUGCUGGGUGUUACAGCAAUUGAAGACAAAUUACAAGACGGAGUACCUGAAACGAUAGCAAAUCUUAGCAUGGCUGGCAUCAAAAUUUGGGUGCUCACUGGAGACAAACAAGAGACGGCGAUAAACAUCGGGUACUCGUGCCAGCUACUGACGGACGACAUGGCGGAGGUGUUCGUGAUCGACGGCGUCGCGCACGACGACGUGGAGCGGCAGCUCGCCAAGUGCCGCGACUCCAUCCGCGUCGUCAACACCUUCCUGCCGCCCGGCACCAGCGGGGGCAGCGGCGGCGGCUCGGCGGCGGGCGCGCUGAACGGCGGCGCUGUCGGCGGCGCCUCGCCCGGCCGCGCCGCCGGCGUCAAGCUCAACGCGCCCGCCGUCUCCGUCGUCACAUUUAGGUGGGAACAUAACAUGCAUGAGCACAGCAACGAGUACGCGGCGGGCGGCGGGCCGGCGUCGGCCGACUCGCACGAGCACGGCAACGACGACACCAACGGCUUCGCCAUCGUCAUCAACGGACACUCUCUAGUCCACUGCCUACACCCCAAGCUCGAGGAGAAGUUUCUGGAGGUGGUGUUGCACUGCCGCUCGGUGAUCUGCUGCCGCGUGACGCCGCUGCAGAAGGCCAUGGUGGUGGAGCUGAUCAAGAAGGCGCGCCGCGCCGUCACGCUCGCCAUCGGCGACGGCGCCAACGACGUGUCCAUGAUCAAAGCGGCGCACAUCGGCGUGGGCAUCUCCGGCCAGGAGGGCAUGCAGGCCGUGCUGGCGGCCGACUACUCCAUCGCGCAGUUCCGCUUCCUGCAGCGGCUGCUGCUCGUGCACGGCCGCUGGUCCUACUACCGCAUGUGCAAGUUCCUGCGCUACUUCUUCUACAAGAACUUCGCCUUCACCGUGUGCCACUUCUGGUUCGCGUUCUUCUGUGGGUUCAGCGCUCAGACGGUUUUCGACGAGAUGUUCAUCUCAGUGUACAACCUGUUCUACACGUCGCUGCCAGUGCUGGCGCUGGGCGUGUUCGAGCAGGACGUGUCGGACGCCACGUCGCUGCAGUUCCCCAAGCUCUACGUCCCCGGCCACACCUCCCAGCUGUUCAACAAGACGGAGUUCAUCAAGUCCACGCUGCACGGCUGCUUCACCUCACUCGUGCUGUUUCUUAUCCCCUAUGGUACUUACAAGGAUGGACUGGCGCCCGACGGCAAGAUCCUCUCCGACCACAUGUUGUUGGGCAGCGUCGUAGCGACGAUACUAAUCAUAGACAACACAACACAGAUCGCCCUGGACACGACGUACUGGACGGUGUGCAACCACGUGACGAUCUGGGGCUCGCUGGUGUCGUACUUCGUGCUGGACUACUUCUACAACUACGCCAUCGGCGGGCCCUACGUGGGCUCGCUCACCGUCGCGCUCACGCAGGCCACCUUCUGGUUCACGGCCGUGCUUACUAUGAUAAUCCUGAUGGUGCCGGUGGUGUCGUGGCGGCUGGCGUGGUCGGUGACGCGGCCCACGCUGGCGGAGCGGCUGCGCGCGCGCCAGCGCUGGCGCGAGGCCGCGCCCGCGCCGCGCACGCCCUCCGCGCGCCGCGUGCGCCGCUCCAUGCGCUCCGGGUACGCCUUCGCGCACCAGGAGGGCUUCGGGCGUCUCAUCACGUCGGGCAAGAUCAUGCGGCGCAUCCCGCACGCGGACGCGGCGCUGCACGCGCUGGCCGCGCUGCCCGGCAAGUUCAGCGCGCGGCCCAGCACGCCGCCCGAGCCGGCGCCCGCCUCCGCCUCGUCGCCCGCCUCCGCCUCGUCGCCCGCCUCCGCCUCCGCCUCCGCCUCCGCCUCGCCCGCCUCGCCCGGCACGCCGCCCAGCCCGCGCGCGCCCAAGCAGGACCUCGACUCCGUCGACUUAUGAGCGCCGCCGACCCGCCGGACUGUAGUUCGCUAGUGCCCGUGUGUGUGUGAGCGGACUGUACUUGUGCGUGUACGUGUACACGUACGUGACCCGUGCGAUCUCGGGGCCGAGGGCCCCUUUUGUACUUUAAUAUUUAUUCGGCCCGAGGGCCGUGAUUUCCUUAAAAAGACGAGAGCAAAGUUUGUAAAUACUGAGAGGGUUACGAACGAACCAUAAUUUUUUAAAUAGACGGCAUAAUGUCGUCGCGACUCAUAUUGUGAUAACGUUACUAGAAUUAAAAUUCGUAUUAUAUUAUUACCUAUAUUAAAUUAUAUUUGUUGAUCGAGAGUAUAUAUUGAUAGAUAUUUAUUAUGGUACGUGCUAAGAUUACUCUUUUAUAUCGGAAAGCGUAGUAUUUCGUAAUUAUUUGUUUACGUGGUAGACGACCUAGUUCCGUUCCGCAGCACUCCCGAUCGUUCGGUAUCGUUUCAUUAGUUCCGGUCCCGGUGACCGUUCGCAAUUAGAACAAUAUUAGUUGUAGUGUCACGGUACCUUCUAUAAUCUCGAUGAUAAUUCCUCGAAUCGGCUUAUUAUUCUUUCUUUUUGAAUUUGUUGUUUUCUACUAAUUUGAUUGAACUUUGUUACAUGUUUUGUCUGUUGAUUUCCCUUAAGAGCUUAAUAUUUUCAAAUGAUAUUUAAUUGUCGUCUAUGUGUCCGAAAACUUAGUAAAAUGUGCAUUUAAACUGAACUGUGCAAUUCCGCGAGCAGUGAAAACGCCACAUUCAUUUAAAAUUUAAGACAUGAAUUUGUUAUUGUUAUGCUAACAACGUCGUAGCCUAAGUGUAAUUAAUUACUCGCUGUUUGGUCGAUAUUGAAAAAGUACCAAUUGAAGUAGGUAUUUAUAAGCUGUACAGUUGAAAACUAAGCUGAUCGAGUGAUCGUCCUAUACCUAGUAGUAACCGAGCCGUGUUGAUUUAUCGAUGCCGAAAAUGAAACUGUUAACGCCGAAAUACGCGCGAGAGCGCGCCCCAUGCCUUAAUAUCAUAUAAAUUUGGAUGUUGCAUUUUAACUGCAUGCGAAUUGAAACAUACAUUUGCUUUGGAAUCGAUUUUUUAAUAAAAAAAUAUAAUUCUUA